GGCCAAGAAGGAAGCGACGAGCUCCACUUCGUGUUCACGACUUCGUGCGAACCCUACCAGGACUGGCAGAGCGAGGCUCUUGCGCAAAGUUUCGCUCGUGUGGGUCAGCGCGGAGCUCUUACGCGCAUCGUGAGCGGCUGCUCGGAUGAUGCCGUGAAGGAGCUGCUGCGUCGUACCCAGAAGUCCUCGCCGCACCUGCGCAUUCACGUCACGCGUGACUUCCGCUCGCUCCCGAUUUUCAAGGAGGUGUCCGACGACGUGGAGAAGGCUUCAACGCCCGACGACUAUGCGCCUUACAACAAGCCAUUCGGUCUGCGCGACUGGCUGGAGUCCGCUAACCCUCCCGUCCGCGAGGAGCUCGUCGUCGUGCUAGACCCGGACUUCCUGUUCAUUCGGCCGUUCGCUGUGAACACUGGUGGCCGUGUGACUUCAGCCAAGGGGGGCUCGCGCGACAAGACGGAAGUCACCGAUACGGUGGCUACCGGCGUGGCUGUGGCUCAGCGCUGGUCGGAAUACUUGGGCACUGCAGCCUUUGAGAACAGCAGCUCGAUUUGCCCGGAGUGCGCGAAGGUGUCGAAGGCCGACGCGACCGAGUAUUUCGCGGUGGGUCCUCCGUACGCCAUCACCCGCAAGGACCUGGCCGAGUUGAUGGACGACUACUGCAACAUGACGGUGCUCAAGCGCGACCAGAUGAACCGCGAGCACUGGAUGAGCGAAAUGCUGGGCUACUCUCUCGCCGCGGCGAAGCACGGCGUAAAGCACACGACCUUCGACAACCUGGCGCUGGGCAACAAGGCGGACGACUACACUGGCUUCGUGAACAUCAUGAAGGGAAACCCCUGCGAGGACCCCGUCACGCCGCUCAUCCCGGGCGAGGCGCCGCCGCUGCUGCAUGGCUGCCACGCGUACGAGGCCGAUGACGACCGCGGCCUCAAGUGGAUGUUCUACAAGCACCUGAUCCCGAACAACAUGUUCACGUGCGACUCGUGGCUGCUGGCGUCGCCGCCCGCGAGCGUCUGGACGCUGGCCAAGAGAAGUCGCGACAAGCAGCGCAUGCUGGAGGCCUACGGCGUGUGCACGAGCGUCAAGGUAUUCAACCAGGCGCUGGUGGACUUCAAGACCAAGAUGUGCCCCGACGGCUUCAACCAGAACCGCCGUCUGCGACUCGUCAAG